GCCCAUAUAUUGUCCUAUAAAUAGAGCAUAUGAUACAAUGUGAUAUACACCUUGAAUAGAACAAUACAAGAGUCUAUUCUCUCUUCUCUUUCUCUCCUUCAUCUCUUCUUCUCUAUUCUUGUUAUUCUCUAGGAAUAGUUUAUAACAUAUAACAUAAAAAUUGUCCCAUGUUGAUUAGUAGGGUUUUGGUUGAUAGACGAAAUGCAAAACCAUUUAAAAUUCACACACACAAAGUGAAGUGAUCGGGAUCCUACAUCUGAAAUUAGCAAUUUUGACAUUUCUAGGUUUUAUGGACAGAUUAGUAGGGUUAUUUAUAUGGAUGAUUUUUAGAAUGAGUAAGCAAAGAGCGAAAUGAAGAGAGAGGCGCAGAAUCUACUGCAGAAGGUGGAUGAAAAAAGUGAGAAAUGCACCGUGGGUUGUCCCAUACUAGAUCGCAUCCUGAACGGCGGAAUACCAACAAAAUCAAUAACCGAAGUCGUCGGCGAAAGCGGAAGCGGAAAAACUCAAAUCUGUCUCCAACUGGUCCUGUCCGCUCAACUACCACCCUCUCACGGCGGUCUCAACGGCUCAUCUCUUUACAUAUACACCGAAUAUCCUUUCCCUAUCCGCCGUUUAAAACAACUCUCCCUCUCUCUCCUUUCAUCUCAUCCAAAUCACCUCCUCCUCAGUAGCUCUGAUCCUCUCUCUCGUAUCAUUCUCCGCGGAAUUUCUUCCGCUGAGAAUUUCGUUGAAUUAUUGCCUGAUAUUGAGCUUUGUUUACGUUACUGGAAAUCACGAUUGUUACCUAUUAGAGUAAUAGUUGUUGAUUCUAUUGCUGCUUUAUUUAGAUCUGAAUUUGGGAAUUGUUGUUUUGAUCUUAAGCGUAGAUCUUCCUUGUUUUUCAAGAUUUCUGGUGGAUUGAAAUCGUUGGCGGAGAGAUUUGGUUUGGUUGUGGUUGUUACGAAUCAGGUUGUUGAUUUUAUUGAAGGGAAUGAAAGUGUUAGAAUUGGGAAUUUUAGUGAAUUGUGUUCUUCUGGUAGAAGGGUUUGUCCUGCAUUGGGUAUUUCCUGGGCUAAUUGUGUUAAUUCUAGAAUCUUCUUAUCCAAGGAUCAAACUGGAAUUAAAAUUACAAGAUUUAGUAGCCUUCUUUUUGCUCCUCAUUUGCCACUGUCCUCUUCUCAGUUUGUUAUCUUUUAUAUUAUAAGUAGGGCUGGGCAUCGGUUCGGUUUCGGGCUCAAACCUUAGAACCAGUCGAACCGAUGGGUGACAUAUGCAUAACCAUAUCGAACCAAUUAAAUACUCGGUUUGGUCGGUUUAUGGUUUCUCGGAUUGACUCGGUUUCGGUUCGGUUCAACGGUUUAAACCAUUUUUUAAAAAUUUUGUUUUUCUCAAAUUUUUAAUUAAAAUUGGCCCAAUAUAAUUACAGGUUAC